GGGGAAGGAGUGAAGAUGACACCAGUAACGUUUUCUUUAGAAGAAGACUAUGACUGGCUAGACGUCUACAUGGGAGACAUAGACGACGCCACAUUGUUGGGAUCAUACACUGGGCAAAACAUUCCAGAGGAAGUCAUCGUCACUUACGAGAUUGCCCAACUAGUGUUUAGUACGGACGAGUCUAACACUGAUGACGGUUUCAAAAUCCACUUUGAGGCAUUUGAUUUGAUGGAUUCUCAAUGCCCGGACCCUGGCGUUCCCGACAACGGCUACAGGACUGGAGACGAUUUCGCUGUGGGGUCGGUUGUUUCGUUCGGCUGUAACGACGGCUACGUUUUGUUCGGGCAGGAAAGACUCACCUGUAUCUGGAUAUUAGUGGCGGAUCCAGGAAAGGUUGUCGUCACAAAUUUCUCGCAAUUCGACAUAGAAUUUGAGUCAAGAUGCAGAUAUGACUAUCUUCGAAUACAGGACAUGCCAUAUAUGAAUCUCCAAGGGUUCCAACGGAUACACCAUCUGUCAGGAGACACCGGCACGUUCUCGUCCAUGAACUACCCGCACUACCCCUACAGGAACCACGUGUAUCAGCAGUGGAACAUUAUCGUAGAUACACGCAAGGCUGUCAAACUGAUUUUUCUGGACUUCGAUGUUGACUUUGACCCGGAAUGCAGUAAAGACUAUGUACUGGCUGAAGACCCUUUUGAUCAAAUACAUUACACUUGGUGCGGCACUUGCGUUCCCCCGCCGCAAACCUCGGCUGCUCACAUCCUUUACGUCAUGUUGGUCACAGACUUUGUGAUCCGCAGAACUGGGUUUUCAGCACGAUAUGAAGCGGUGGACAAGGGCAAAACAGCUGGAACCCACUGGCAGGCAGUACAUAUCGGCCUUGUCACCAAUUUUCUUUUCAACUUCGAGAAAACACCACGGGGUUAUAAUUGGAUACAUGAGAUAGACCAGAUACAUUCCGGAAAGAAUGUACUUUGGGUCAUUGGAACCCAAGAUUCGUAUAUAUACGGAGACACCAUAGUCAGGAAAGUGAAAUACGACUGGGAAUCAAUCGAUGGCUGCAAACGGUCUAUAUCCGUGGGACGUGCAGGGGUUUGGGCGGUGGACAGCUCGGGCGAGGUGUAUCACAGAGCGGGGACGUUUCUGAAUGAGACGUCCCGCGGUGAAGGCUGGGUGCGUGUGCCGGGUGUAGCUCUGCAGCAGGUAGAUGUGGGAGAUGGAAUCGUCUGGGGUGUGGACUUCGACAACCGGGUGUUUGCAAAAUUACUACCGGCGCCUACCGACAGGGCAACGUGCCAAGUGGGCCUGAAAGGGCACUCAGCGUGCUAUGCAACACUUCAGGGGUUUGCUGCCUGCCCAGAGAAACGCAGACGGAUGUGUAACGGAGAUGUCGGCUGCUACAGCCCCAUCCGUGUGUGCGACGGCGAACGGAACUGUGGGGCAGACACGGAAGACGAGAGAGACUGUCUAGACAGCUGCAUUUUUCAUGCCAAGCGAGAUGAAUUUCUCACGCGAGAACUUGUCCAGUGCCGUGAUUUGAAAGGCUGCGUGAAGAUCACAAACGUUUGUGAUGGCAAGAAGGACUGUUCCGACGGCUCGGAUGAGAUCAGAUGUGACGAAGUGUGUGAGUCUAUCGGAUACUGGCCCUGUAGGUCAUCACUUCCACCAUUUCCCAAGUGCAUCAGUCGGCAGGAGAGAUGCGAUCGCCAUGCGAACUGCAGGGACUUCUCAGAUGAAAUGGAUUGUGGACUGGCCCGACCGUGCGAAGGACGCUGGGAGUGGAAAUGUCCUGGAGAAAACACCUGUUUGCCAGACAUGUUCGUUUGUAAUACUGUACUGGAGUGCUCAAAUGGAGAGGACGAAAAACACUGUGACGGUGUCUUACACGACUAUCUCUGCAGCACAGGAGAGUGCUCUUCGAGUUUCUUUUUCUGUGAUGAUUCAACACUAUUCGGAUGCAGUAACUGGGAGGACGAGCAAGGAUGUGGUGAUUUUUCUUUAUAUAUAUGUUGCCCUGGUAUUACGUGUGAGGAAACCCACAAGUGCGGCGGUCCACUGUGGAUCGACUGUGACGGAUUACCUGACUGUUUGGAUUUUACAGACGAAACGAACUGUGCCUCAACCAAAUGUGUGGAUACGCAGAUUACAUCUUCAGAUUUCAAGAGAAUCAGCAUCUCUCAAUAUUGUGAUGGCAACGACGACUGCAGGACAGGCAUAGACGAAAAUCCUAGGAAAUGCGCCAUGUUCACAGACAGACUAUCAUGCAUCUCGUCCAAUCGCUUUAUUUCAAGAAGCAGCAUCUGUGAUGGCAUACCGGACUGUGUGGAUGCUUCAGACGAAGAUGCUUGUAUUGGGAAGGGAGCCUGUUUGCUGCCUUUGUCCUUACUUCUGGAAGAGUAUUCAAUCGAAGAAGGUACUGGUACAAGUCACGUCAUCCGCAGUAGCCAUGGGCUCACCCCGGCACGAUGGGCGGUAGAGGGACUCGAUGAUUGGUUGCAAAUUACCCUGGAAGACACUGUGCAACUUACAGGAAUAGUCAUUUCGGGUUCAAGGCCAUCACAAACCCUCACAUUUUCGUUGGAGUAUGGUGUUUGGGCCGACUGUUUAACGGCGUAUACGGAAGGGGACGGAGUAAAGAUAUUCCAAGCACGCUCAAAUGGUGUUGAACAAGCUGAGCAUUAUCUGGCCGUACCGGUGCAGGCCAGGGUGGUCAGACUUACUCCACAGUCACUGAUGGACACGACUAUCUUGGAGGUAGGGCUACUGGGAUGCCUCAUUAAAGAGCAUCCUGAAAAGGGCAUAUCCUGUGGUAAAGGUUGGACGAUGUUUGAAGAACACUGUUACCAGAAGUUUGCCUCCCCGCUUGUGUGGUGGGCUGCGGAGAGGUACUGCCAGGCUCUGGGCGGCCACCUGGUGGCCGUCAACUCGCUACAGGAAAACGAGUUCCUCAGGGACAACGUAGGGAACGGGUGGAUAGGGAUGAAGCUUGCUGCUAGCUUGAUCAAGGAAGACAGACAGAGUAUUGUCAACUUUACCUGGAGCGAUGGAAGUCCUGCGGGCGAGGCUUUCCAGGAACAAGGCAUUUCAUUCGACGUUUUCCAGGAAUAUAUUUGGAGACUCAAUGAUCCCUUCUGUGCCUUUCUAGAAAAACACGGUCCUUGGAGUCUUCAUCCUUGCAGUCUGAUUGAGAAAGAGUACAUCUGCGAGAAAGACCCAUCUUCAUACCGUAGUGAUGGCUGUGAUACUACCGCAAACUACAACUAUACUGACUUACAACAUGGAGAGACUGACAGGAACGAACUAAAUAUGUAUCUUCCGGACAUGACAGUGUGUGACGAUUGCAUGGCCAGUAAGCCGGCCUGUGGGAAUAUCCGAUGCGGCAGCCCUGACCAGUACCGCUGUGGACUGAUCUACUCCCCCGGAUACCCAACCGCCUUCCCCUCUUCAGUGAUCUGCCUGUGGAUCAUCGAUGGUCCUCCCGGCAGCUUCGUCACACUACUGCUGCUGGACGUGGAUUUGCCGGGGUACUCGAGUGGGGCCUGCACAAGCCGUGUGCUGCAGGUCAGGGACAGGUUCCUGACCGUAGACUGGAACACGAUACACGGGCUUUGUCGCGGGGAGGGCGCGCAGAGGCGGUACGUGUCGAGCUCGAACGACAUGCAGUUGGCCAUGUUGGCGACGAGCAACGAUGCUGACUUUGGCGACAGCCGCGGGUUCAUGGCGACGUUCAACAUCAGUACGUUCAGCGCCAGCCGACAAGUGCAGAACUUACCUGAUGAUGCAGGUCUGUACGAUAUCUACCGAGACCGAACCUUCGUAUGGACCGACGGCACUCCGGUCACAUACAUGGACUGGUCGCCUAUGGAUAUCAGAACCGGGUUCCCACAACCGGAUGGGGCCAAGAUCAACUUCUGCGUUGCCAUAGUGAUGAAGAACGUCUGGGGAACUGACCAAUGGUACGACGUCGCCUGCGAUGACCGAGCCACCAGGUCCUACAUCUGCAAGCAGGCGGCCAAACGAGUGACCGGUUCGGGAAACAAUUAA